UGACCUGCUGAGUUUGAGUCCUGGACAGUCGUGGAAAAGUCUGCUGCUAUUUCAUUGUCUUCAUGGCUGCUGUUCAAACAGAGGUUUCCCUGUGCACAGCUUGGCAAAGGCCUUUGUAUAUCUAUGGGGGACUGGUAUGUAACCCACUGAUGGCUGACUACUGGUCGGACAGGUCCCCUCUCCACGAGGCCGCCUACCAGGGCAGACUGCUCAACCUCAGAAGCCUCAUCGCUCAGGGCUUCCACUUGGACACACUCACCAUGGACAGAGUCUCUCCCCUGCAUGAAGCUUGUCUCGGUGGACAUUAUGCAUGUGCCAAGUUCCUGUUGGACAACGGUGCAAAUGUGAACACAGUGUCAAUAGAUGGGGCCACACCUCUCUUCAACUCCUGCAGCAGCGGGAGUUCUGCCUGUGUCAAGCUCAUUUUGCAGCACAGUGCCCUCAACAGCCCCCCCUGUCAGCUGGCAUCGCCAAUACACGAGGCCGCAAAGAGAGGCCACAGAGAGUGUCUGGAGCUGCUGCUGAGCUACGGAUCACACGUUGACAUGGAGCUGCCAGUAGUGGGGACUCCGCUGUAUGCUGCCUGCACGGCUGGGACCGCUGUCUCCGUGGAGCUGCUGCUUCGCACAGGAGCAGACGUUCAAAUAGGGUUUGGACAGGACAGUCCUUUACACGCUGCAGUUCGAUUUGGAGGAGCCGACGUCGUGGACCUUCUGCUGGACUUCGGAGCUGACGUGUGUUGUAGGAACACAGAGGGAAAAACUCCACUGGACCUGUCAGCACCAAACAGCCCACUGAGAACCAAACUACAGACAAGAGGUCCGUACGCUCUGUCUGAGUUGAGUCGGUUCUGUAUUCGCAGACGUCUAGGAAGCAAUCGUCUGCACAGAGUGUCCAGCCUGUUCAUUCCUGGCAGUAUCCAGGACUUCCUCCUCUACCAAUGAAGCAUCUCCAGCUUGAUGGUGUGGCUCACAUUGAUCCAGGCCCCUACACUGACCUAUAAGGCAAAACAGAUGAGGGGGCAAGGCAGUCACAUUUAUAGAAUUAUAGCUUUCCCAGGCGACACGUGGAUGCAGUGGUUAGCAGGUUCUUUCUGAGAUCUGUGGGCGUUUCUCCGGGUACGCCAGCUUCCACCCAAAUGGCCGAAGACAAGCAGCUUAGGUUGUUUGGCAAUUCUAUUUGUCUGUCGGUGUGAAUGGCUGUUUGUAUCUGUAUAUCAGACCCGUGAUCUGCAGGUGGCCUGUGAAGGGCAUAACCUGCCUCUUGACCCUUAUCAAAGGAUGGAUGCUUUUAAUAAUUACUGAUCACGAAAAUUUCAGAGAUCAGUUGUAUUCAUAUUCUAGCCACUGUGAUGUUUACUUAUACUUUUAAGGAAAGAAUAACUGGAUGUUGAAUAAAUAUAAAACAAGUGAAGUAGAAUUUUUUAUGAUUUUACAUAUCAACACCUGUUUACAGUUGUAGGGGAGAAAGCUGCGUAUGCAAAACAGAUGCAUAAAAUAUUUUGGUGGCUCCAGGGAGUUUGGGUCAACAGUGUAAAGUCUUUCAAACUGUCUGGAAAAUGUGGUAUGGUGAUGUGGAGAGAAUAGAGCUCAACAAGGGCUGAUAUCCCCCGCAAGGUCUCUGCAAAAGUCAAGUGGGUGGGAGCCACAUAUGCCGGCCCUCAGCUAGCAUGACACGUGAACGAACAUUCAAAUUGUUGAUAAUCAAAGUUGAAUUGUUGUAUGAAAUGUAUAUAUAUUUUUUUGUAUUGAUAUAAUACACAAUGGUCCACUGGGACAGUGUUGCAGGAGUGCAAUACUAGAUCUACACUUUGAUAUUGUAAUACAGUUUUUUACAGAAUUUGCAAACCUCUGUUUUCACUGAGAGUAAAUUUGUGUUUUGUAAAAAGCAUUGCAUGAAAUAAUAGCAAGCCAUCAGUGUCUUUGUUAAAAUUAAUAAAUUGUGAUAUGCUGUAGAAGAGUUGUACAAUCUGUUUUAAUUUUCUGGGUGAGCAUACUAUAAUAUAAGAAGAAUAUCCUCUCAUGUAUGCUUGUGUAGAGUUUUCAAAUGCAUUUGAGCACAACAUCAGUAAGAGACAAGGAUCUGAGGAACUGAGGAGUGGACUUUAUUUCAUGGCUGGUGUUGCUAAGAGAGAAUUAUCUUCCAAUUCUCAAAUGCCAACCUCAAAGGUCUCCCCUGCAGAGACCUGCAAAUCUUUUUUGAGCUGAUCUCACUUGACAUUUCUUAACCUAAACAGCAAGAGUUCUAAA